GAACCGUUUUGUCUUAUAGUGAGGUGGUCUCACCUCGGUCAUUGUCUCUUCAAGAUUGUGUUUCAGGUGACUAAUCGAUUCCUGAUCUCUACUUAAAAAAUAUUCACUCUCACCGUCUAUUUAGAUUGCCUUUAUUAUCCUUUUCCAUAGAAUUAGAAGGGUCUUCUGAGUUCUUUGUAUCUACUUUAAUGACAAGCUCUCGAUAAACCCUCGACUUUUCAGCCCACACAUCCAAAUUUGACAACACUCAAAAGCACGCACGACUCCAAAUCUGUUUAGCAAUCCUUCAUCUACUAGUUCCAUCAUUCCUCCCAAACCUACAUUAUGAAGCUCUUUUUAUUCAUCUCUGCACUUGUUGCAUUCAUCACAGCUACCCUGGCUGGAACCGUCCCUCUCGAAUCCAGACAAUCCAUUGUCGGAUUGUGGGGAAAAUCAACUGACAUUGCGGUUCAAUAUUGCUACAUGGACGCCGCUUGCAUGCAAAUGCGAGAGAACUGGCAAUUCUGUCAAGUCGAUCUGUUCAAGAACGUCAGUGAACCUAUUGGCAAUCCGAAUGCUCGCAACGAACUAGUUGCAGACUGUCUUUGCAAAGCCGGCAUGCCUGACUUAACAUCCGAAUGUCUUGCCUGCAUCAGUCUUGAUAGCCAAAAUUUCUUAGUCCAAGAAACUUUGCACGCACAUGCUCUAGAUGUGUGUGCUAAGAAAACUACUCUUGGUCAAUAUGAAACUUAUGCCUUUCAGUUCGGAAGCGCGGUGCAGUUUCCUCUUAUCUUGCCAUCGCUUUGGCUUAAUGGUACUAAAGUUACUUCCCCGGAUCAAAUUCUCAUUGACCAAUAAAUAUUCUAAACUUAUUCAAAUUCGAUGACUUUCCGGUGGAGAUCGAUUUGAGUAUGUGGGAAUAAUAGGGGCACGGAUGGAAUGGGAGUCUACUAUGACGGACACGACGGAUUCCUUUUCUUGAAUCGUUAAUGAAUGUACGAUGGUGGUCAAAAAUUUCGGCGGCGUUGUUUUCUAGGGGAAAGGACACUCUCAGAUUUAACGAAAUGAAUUGAGGGUUUCUUGAACAUUCGUGUCGAUCUCAUAAUAGAACAGCUUUACA